AUGAAGCUGAGAUUCUCUUCCUUGGAUGUAAAGGUCAUAGCCAGUGAGUUGGCCUCCUCACUCACUGGCCUGCGAGUGUCGAAUAUCUAUGAUCUCUCGAGUAAGAUCUUCCUCUUCAAGUUUGCCAAACCAGGAAAGCGGGAACAACUACUGGUCGAUUGCGGCUUUCGAUGCCAUCUGACUUCAUUCUCACGAACGGCGGCAACUGCUCCAUCUGCCUUUGUCAGCCGGUUGCGAAAAUAUCUCAAGAGUAGGCGCGUAACAGGCGUGGCACAAAUAGGCACGGACCGAGUCAUUGAAAUCACAUUUAGCGAUGGACAAUAUCGGCUGUUCCUAGAGUUCUUUGCGGCUGGCAAUAUUCUUGUCACGGAUGCAGAACUGAACGUGCUGGCAUUGCAGAGGCAAGUGAGUGAGGGCAAUGAAGAUGUGGACGUCAAGCUGGGUGGAAAAUACAUCCUGGAUGUAAAGCAAAACUUCCACGGGAUACCUCCAAUCACUCCCGAGAGAGUCAAGGAGACCCUGACAAAAGCCGUGGAGAGAACGAAAGCAGCGAAUGAGGUUGGCGGUAAAAAGGCGAAACGAGCAAAAGGUGGAGAUGACCUGAGGAAAGCUCUGAGUGCCGGAUUCUCGGAAUUCCCACCUCAUCUCUUGGAUCAUGUGUUCAAUGAGACAGGCGUGAAUGCAAGCUUAAAGGCGGAGGAGGUCCUCGAGAACACGGAGGCGUUGCAGUCAGUCAUCAAAGCUCUGGAACGUGCCGAAGACGUCUUCAAGAGCCUAGAUGCAAGCAAUGUCAAGGGCUAUAUCAUUGCAAAGACGAAGUCCUCCGCUGCACCCGAAACUGGAGACCAAGAUACAGAGUCAUCAUCUCGAGACACACUGUUGUACGAUGACUUCCACCCAUUCAAGCCUUCUCAAUUGGAAAACAAAGUCGGAGUGCGGCUACUUGACUUCGAUGGCUUCAAUCGAACGGUGGACGAAUUCUACUCCUCUAUCGAAUCGCAGAAAUUAGAGUCUCGACUCACUGAACGAGAGGAGAAAGCGAGGGAGAAACUGCAACAUGCAAAGAAUGAGCACGAAAAGCGGAUCGGUGCACUCCAACACGUUCAGGAGCUGCAUGUCCGGAAGGCUCAGGCCAUCGAGGCCAAUACCCACAGAGUCGAAGAGGCAUGUGGGGCAGUCAACGGCCUUAUUGGGCAAGGGAUGGACUGGGUCGAUAUGGGAAAGCUAAUUGAGAACGAACAACAGCGUGGCAACGUGGUGGCUCAAUUGAUAAAGCUACCUCUGAAGCUAGAGGAGAAUACGGUGACACUCCUGCUUGACGAACCUGGCCUUGAUGACGACAACGAAGAGAGCAGUGACGAAGAAAAAGAAAGUGAUGAAGAAGACAACUCUGAGGUUGAGGCAAGUCCGCCACCAGGCAAAGCUUCCGACAAACGCUUAGCCAUUGACAUCGACCUCGCACUGUCUCCUUGGGCAAACGCCAGACAGUACUACGACCAAAAGAGGACUGCUGCAGUGAAAGAGCGGAAAACCCUGGAAUCGUCUGCAAAGGCACUACAAUCUGCGGAGCAAAAGAUUGGAGCCGAUUUGAAGAAGGGGCUCAAGCAGGAGAAAGCUGGUCUGAGACCAGCGAGAAAGCAGUUCUGGUUCGAGAAGUUUUGGUAUUUCAUUUCCAGUGAUGGAUACUUGGUCAUUGGAGGCAAGGAUGCUCAGCAGAACGAGCUUCUCUACCGAAGAUACCUGAAGAAAGGCGACAUCUAUGUGCACGCCGAUCUAAACGGUGCAUCAAGUGUCAUCGUGAAGAACAACCCCAAAACACCUGAUGCACCCAUCCCGCCUUCAACGCUGUCACAGGCAGGUUCUUUGACAGUGUGCACCAGCAAUGCAUGGGACUCGAAGGCCCUCAUGGGUGCAUGGUGGGUGCACGCGGAUCAAGUCAGCAAAACAGCGCCUACUGGUGAGUAUCUGACAACCGGUGGCUUCAUCAUAAGGGGCAAGAAGAACCUACUACCACCUUCCCAGCUACUUCUGGGGUUUGGAGUCAUGUGGUUGAUUAGCGAGGAGAGCAGAGCGAACCAUGGCAAGCACCGCUUGGAGAGGACCGAAAGUAUGCUCUCAGGUGAGGCCGAAGCUCUUGCAGAUGACGCUCAAGGCUUAUCACUAGACGAGCAUGAUCUGGCCGAUGAAGCAGAAACAGCAUCGGGGCAGGAUGAAAAUGUGGUUCCAGACCUAGAAGAUGCUGCUGAUGAUGCUGAGGACGAGGAAAAAGAGGACGCUCAGGCCACGAAUGGUCACAUUCGGGACGAUGGCGAGGAAGAUGACUAUGAGGACACGGGGUCUGUGGCUGCAUCUGAAGCUGGGGAACCAAGAACGAAUCCGCUUCAAUCGAAUGGAAACGGCAAUCGUGGAGCGUCAACGGCCGAGGAAGAGGAGCAACAACCAAACAUUGAAGUUGGGGUGGAGUCUGAGGAUGAUCAUGACCAAGAGGGAGAUACCAACGAUGAAGCAGACGGCGACUCCUAUGCGCACCCAUCCACGCCUGCAACGCGCUCUGAGGCGCAGGCGAAACCCAAGCAACAGCAACUUGCAAGGGGAAAGCGGUCCAAGGCCAAGAAGGCACAGAAAAAGUACGCAGAACAGGACGAAGAAGACCGCGCUCUAGCCAUGGAGCUUCUCGGCUCGGCCCGUGGUCAAGAGCGUAAGAAGGCUGUUGAAGAGGACAAAGCAGCACGUGAAGCCAAAGCUCAAGCUGACAGGGAACGACGGAAAGCGCAACACGCAAAAGCCGCCGAGAAAGAACGAAUGCGGCACGAAAGGCUGGAAAAAGCCGCGGCCGACGGAAAUACGGAUCUGGCAGAAGACGAUGAGCAGAGCAAGGAGCAGCUCGAGCAAGAGCGGCGUGAGCUUCUAGAUAUCGACAGACUUGUUCCGCGUCCACAGCCAGGUGAUGAACUCAUUGCCGCGAUCCCAAUGGUGGCUCCUUGGACAGCCAUGACACGACAGAAGUACAAGAUCAAAUUACAACCUGGGAACAUGAAGAAGGGCAAAGCGGUCAAGGAGAUCCUUGGAUUCUGGACCGCCCUGGACAAGAAGGGGCCUAAAGUGGUGGAUGAAACGAGUAGAGACAAGGAGCGGGUGUGGAGGCGAGAAUUGGAUCUGUUCAAGGAAUGGAGACCCGAAGAGGUCGUUGGUUAUGUUCCCGUCAAGGGGUGCAGGAUUGUUCAGGGUGGAGGUAUUGGUACCAGACCGAAUGUGAAAGGCAAAGGAGCUGCUGGUGGCAAAGGAAAGGGUGGCGGUGGAAAGAAAGGGAGAUAGAAUAGCCAGAGCUAGGUGAAAAUGUCCAUGAGAGUCGAGAUGACACCUCUUGUCCCGAUCUAGUCUACACUUAGACAAACACCUGACGCCUGGUAUAGUGUAACAAGACGCACGUCUUCCCGAAUAAUGUACAGACACUUUGAAUCCUGAAUAGGCGCCAGAAAGAA